GCGCGGUUCCAAAGUGUCACUCGUAUGGAGAAGAACCGGCAAGAAACUACAGUCUUUAUUUACUACACUUUAAUAACGAUCACCUUAUACAGUUUCCUCCAAAUUCCCCCGCACUUCUCCAAACUCCUCAAUGCUCCGCAUAGUAACCCAAAGAUGUUUCCCCAACAGCACCACGAUGGCAGUAACAGCGGUGCUGGUGCUGAGCGUGGCAGGAGCGGCCCACGCGUGGGGAGGCCUGUUCAACAGGUUCAGCUCCGACAUGCUGGCCAACCUGGGCUACGGGAGGUCCCCCUACCGCCACUACCCAUAUGGACAGGAUCCCGAGGAGGUGUACGCGGAGGCACUGGAGGGGAACCGCAUCGACGACGUGAUGGAGGAGCCGGCGCACUGCUACAGCUCACCCUGCACCACCAACGGAGACUGCUGCCGCGGUCUGCUGUGCCUGGAUACCGGUAAGUGGAUACCUUCCACACACAAUAAGGAUAAAAAGAGGGCUCGCG